AUGGCCUUGAACACGAGUCUGGCUAUGGUGUCGACGGGCCUCGUGCUGGCGUGGUCGUCGCCGGCGGUGCCCAAACUCCCACACCUGACGGCCGCCGAGGCGUCGUGGGUGGGGUCUCUGCCGUCGCUGGCGGCGGCGCUGGGCCCCUGGCUGGGCGGCUGGGCGGCGGACCGCGUGGGGCGGCGCGCCACCGCCCUCCUGGGGGCGGUGCCCAUGGCCGGCAGCUGGGUCGCGCUCAUGUUCGUCGAGCACGCGCCCACCUGGCUCUGCGUCGUGCGCUUCAUCUCGGGGCUCGGCAUCGGACUCAUCGUCACUUCGCUCAGCAUGUUCGCCGCCGAGAUCUCCCAGGCCAACAUCAGGGGCGCGCUGCUUAUGGUGCAACAGCCGUCGAUAACGACGGGCUUCAUGCUCGACUACUGCAUCGGCCCCUUCGUAUCGUACACUACGCUAGCGGCCAUAGGGCUGGCCGUGCCUCUCCUCUUUAUGGUGGCCUUCUUCUGGGUGCCAGAGUCGCCCUACUACCUGCUCGCUAGGGGCAGAGACGAGGACGCCGAAAGGUCUCUCCGGCGGCUGCGAGACGACAACAGUGACAUCUCUUCUGAGCUACAGAGGAUGAAGGGAGCAGUGGAGGAGUCCAAGAUGAACGAGGCGUCGGUGCUGGACCUGUUCCGGUCCCGCAGGUGCCGCCGCGCCCUGGUCAUUUCUCUGGGCGUGGUGUGCGCUGAGCAGCUGGCGGGCAUCAACGCGGUGCUCUUCUACAGCCAGAGCAUCUUCAACGCCGCUGGCGGCGACGUGGACAGCCGGGUGGCGCCGAUCAUCGUCAACGGCACCAUGCUGAUUGAGUCGUGCGUCACGCCCUUCCUGGUGGACCGCCUGGGCCGCAGACCCCUGCUCAUCUUCUCCUCCACUGGCAUGUCUGUCGCCUUGACUGUUCUGGCUGUGUAUUUCUACCUGAAUGACACGGGAAGAAACGUCGAAGACAUCGGCUGGCUGCCACUCACUGCUCUCGUCUUCUGCAUCAUCACCUACACUUCAGGUUACGGUGGUCUGACGGCCACUGUUCCAGCGGAAAUCUUCUCGCAGAACGUCAAGUCCGUGGCAUUACCUGUGGCUACUUUCGUUUCCUGGACCAUGUCCUUCUUGGUGACGAGGUUCUUCGAGGACAUUUCCAGUGCCGUUGGCAACUACGGGCCCUUCUUUCUGUUCGCAGCUUGCUCCCUACUCGCCUCGUUCCACGUCUACUUUUUGCUGCCUGAAACGAAGGGGAAGACUUUGGAAGAGAUACAGGUUAUGCUUGAAAGCGGGAGGACCAUCCGAGCAUGCUGCUAAACAGACACGUUUUGGAACAGCUUCUCCUAUGGCGCUCAGUGAACCCACUCGCGACCAAAUCGGAGGCAAAAGAUGUAACGCUUAGUAAUAAGCAUAAUUCUUGCAUCGGGACUAACGGAGCUGGUACAAAUGACGUCGGAUGUCAUUCAUCUUCAUUGACUGAAAGCACUUUACGAGUGCGUUGAACAAUAUUAAUCUCUGUUCCUGUUAUGUUGACUGAAAGUGAGAGGAGAAACCUGUUAAUACUCAAGGCAUAUACUGAAGAAGAAAGUAAAAACAGAGAGUAAUGGAAUAAAUAUUCUCUCUUAGGCUUUGAAAAUGAAGAAUACUAAAAUAGAACUCAGUAUAACUUAUUCGCCAGGGUGCGAAACCUUGUAAAGAAUGAGAUGCACUGUUGACGAACUGUAGUGCAUAUAUAUCACUUCUGAUAUUUCAGUUUUUUGAAAUAUAGACUAAUGAUGCUGUAAUGGUAAUAACUGUGAAAAAGCCUGCAAAAAUUUUCAUGUGGGGAAUCUUUCAUACAACGCGACGUUUCUGUUUACAAUUAGGCCUGCUUUUAUCAGUUGAAAGUAGAAUGUAAAAAUUACAAGAAAACAUAGUUAACCAUUUGAGAAAUUGAGGGAUGAAAUCAUUGUUAGUAUAUCUUGUACGGUUAUUUAUUUUUAAGUGAACAUCUUGCAAAGCUUACAAGAUCAAAAGCGCUUUCUCUAUUACUAAUUAGUUGCUAUAGAGAUUGCUGCCUUCCUCUGACAAGUCAACUUUUUCUCCACAUUGGUCCCUCCUUCACUGUUGCCAACAUUUCCUUCAAAAGUCAUUACAUUCUACAAUGACACAAUGGGGAUACUGCUAAAGACAACGUUAAUAAGAUUGACAUUUCUUAAAUUACAUAUAUCUAUUACUAAAUAAAUUAUUAUUACUGUUAUUAUUGUAUAAUGCUCAUGUACUAAAGAAACUCUAAUGUUGACUCAUUAAGGACGUCUGGUUAGAUACAAUGGAAGGCCAUAACCAUGCCACGCGAAAUAAAUGGAUAAAUAAACAAAUAACAACAGUGUACUGCAAAUUUCACAGUUUUUACAAGCAAACAACUAAAACCAGUUCACAGGACUAGUUUUCCACCGUCUGUGUGGUAAAUAAACAUCAUUUCCAAAAAUGAAACGCGGGAUGCAAUAUAUACAUCAAUACUAGAUAUGUUUGGUAUUCACAAGCACACUAGAGGAACAUUAUGGGUACUUGCAUGAAUGUCGAGAGAAGGAAUUUCCCAGAAUAUUUUUAAAUUUAUGACAUCAUUAGGAACGUAGAAAGCAUAAAAUAAAAUUUAUAAAGAAAUGGCGGAAAACAGGAUCACUAAAUCUCUUCCACUGGUUUAGAUGUGUGGUCCAAAAUAAGCAAUAGAUUAAUCACUUGAAUUUCUCUAAACUUAAAAUAUUAUCUUAAAAACGUUGGAGUAUUUGUAAGAACUUCUAUAUUUAGAUGAGCCUCGUAUGUACUGUUAAUUCGUUUCUGUAAUGUCUACAUUAUGCGAACAAUUGUAAGUAGGCUAUUUAGGUUUUUAUGUUGGUAACGCCAUGUAGCACUCUAUAUGAAAAUCACUGACUGUGCUGUGUGAAGUCUGUGGCUGGUCUGCAUUGUUGCAGUAUUGCUAUUGUAGUGUUUGGCAGUUGGCUGUUAACAGCGCGUAGCGUUGUGCAGUUGGAGGUGAGCUGCCAGCAGUGGUGGAUGUGGGGAGAGAGAUGGCGGAGUUUUGAGAACGGAUGAUCUGGACGUGUGUCCAUCAGAGACGGUAAAUUUGUAAGACUGGAUGUCAUGAACUGAUAUAUACUAUGACUU